ACCGGGGCCUGGUCGCAACGAACUCCUGUUGUUUGUUGUUCUUCAUAUUGAACGUCCUUUGCGGUGAUCUGGUUACGCGAACUUAUUUUCGCCGUGGUUGCUUAAUGUGAUUGAGCGAAUUAUUUCGUCUUCGGCAAUGGCUUCAAAUGUUCCGGUCAUCAUCGGAGUAGGCGACUUCAAAAAUCGCUCUCAAAAGGUCGAAGACGCCUUUGAACCCGCUGAAUUGAUGUUAAGAGCCAUUGAAAUUGCCCUCAAGGACUCCAAAGCAUCAGACUUGUCGAGACUGCAAUCGCAGAUUGACAGCAUCGACGUAGUUCUUCCGUGGACCUGGCCUUAUCCGGACCUUGCUGGCUUGCUUGCAGGGAGGCUUGGGGUACAGGCACAGCACAAGUUCGUCAGUCCACACGGUGGUAACCAACCUGCGAAGCUUCUCGACGAGGCUGCGAGACGGGUCGCAAAGGGUCAUGUCAAGAUAGCUGUGAUAACGGGCGGGGAGGCUUUAGCUUCAUUGAGCGCAUGUGCUGCCGCGAACAAGCUACCCCCUCCAGGAUGGACGAAGCCAUCACGCAAUGUAGACAGCGUCUUUUCGCCUACUACGCGUGAUCUUGGAACUGACCUCGGUGCCAGACAUGGCAUAGGAGCCCCAAUCCAAGUCUAUCCGCUUUAUGAAAACGGAUUUCGUGCCCAUCGUGGUCAGAGUCUAGUGGAAAACAACAAAGAAUCAGCGGAGAUGUACGCCGAGUGGGCUAAAGUCGCUGAAAAACAGCCGUUUGCCUGGAACUACGGUAAACCAGCCGCGACGGCGGAGUUCAUCGGGACACCGUCGAAGAAGAAUCGAAUGAUUUGCACUCCCUACACUCUACUGAUGAACGCAUUCAACACUGUCAAUCUGGCUGGUGCUGUGGUUCUAACCUCAACGAAGCAUGCGAAGGAGCUAGGUGUUCCGGAGGAUAGAUGGAUAUAUCCUCUUGGAGGGGCUGGAACAUCCGAUGCUGAUCAUUUCUGGGAGAGGCCCAAUUUUUAUCAUGCUCCUGCCAUUUCGAGGUCGAUUGAUGCAGCGCUUCAGAUGUCAAACCUGAGCAAGGAUGACAUUGACCUUUACGACUUCUACUCCUGUUUUCCAAUCGUUCCCAAGCUCGCAUGUGAACACCUUGGUCUCCCUAUUGUUGGAUCAAAGAAACCGAUCACGUUGCUCGGAGGUCUGACUUCAUUUGGCGGCGCUGGAAACAAUUACUCCAUGCAUGCAAUCACAGAAAUGACCCGUCAAUUACGUGCCGGCCGUGGAAAGAAUGGUCUGAUAUUGGCUAACGGAGGAGUCCUCACAUAUCAGUACGUCGUCUGCUUAUCGAGCACUCCUCGUGCAACACCCUACCCGGAUAGGAAUCCACUGCCAGACCACCUCGCAAACGUGCCAGCGCCGAAGAUUUCAGAGAGUCCUAAGGGCGAGGCUGUGAUAGAGACGUACACUGUGGAUUGGGAUCGGGAUGGCAAGCCUGGAAAAGCGCACAUCAUCGGUCGAAUGAAGUUUUCCGGGGAACGCUUCGUCGCAAACCACGCUGAUGAGGCCACGCUGAUGGCACUCGCUACGGGAAAGAAAGAGCCCAUUGGUUUGAGUGGAGUGGUUAGGGAAGACUCGCGAUUGAAAGGUCACAACUUGUUCUCUUUAACGGACAGUGCGAGGUUAUAAUAUAAGCUUAGAAGCGCCAAAGUUAAAAAAUGACCAGUCCACCGACAGGAUUUGGGCUCCAUCUUACCA